AUGGCGCUCAGGUGGAUCGUUCUGCUCUUAGGCCUCGGAUUGACAGCAGCCGAACAAACAGGUGAAAGAGAAACUGAUGUUGAUGAAGGGCAUGACUGGGACAUCUUGAACAUUAAUAAAGCGGCAGGAACAGACCUGCUGGAAGGAGAUAUUAUACAAGAUGAAAUACAAUCCAGAAACUCCAUAUUAUUAGAUAACCUCUGGCCAACAACCAUCCCCUACUAUCUGAACAACACUCUGGAUAUGAAUGCAAAGGGAGUGGUCCUAAAGGCAUUCGACCAGUUCAGACUGAAGACCUGCAUCGACUUCAGACCAUGGAAAGGGGAGAAGCACUAUAUCCAUGUGUACAAAGGCAGAGGAUGCAGCUCCUAUGUAGGCAAUCAGAAAAUGGAGCAACAGUGGCUGUCCAUUGGCAAUAACUGUGAUCAUCUGGGAAUUGUUGAGCACGAGUUCCUUCAUGCUCUGGGCUUUUGGCAUGAGCAUUCCAGAGUUGACCGAGAUGACUACAUUGACAUCAUAUGGGGUCAUAUUGAACCUGGUAAAAAACACAACUUCGUAGUCCGUGAGACCAGUGCUCUGGGCGUUCCCUACGACUAUGAUUCUGUGAUGCACUACAGCAACACUUCCUUCAACAUCUUGUGGUUUCCAACCAUCGUCACCAAGCUCCCCCAGUUCACGGACGUGAUUGGUCAGAGGAUGGGCUUCAGUGCGAAUGACGUCACCAAGCUCAACCUCCUGUACAAGUGCACUAAGUCUUUGACCUUUGUGGACAGCUGUAGCUUUGAGGAGGAGAACAUCUGCGGGAUGAUUCAGAAUUCCAGCAAUCCAACCCAGUGGGAGCGGCACAGCUCUGUGACCGGAGGGCCUGAGAGCGACUUCACCAAUAUGGGACAGUGCAAAGGGAAAGGCUUCUUCAUGCACUUCAGCACAGCCUCUGCUCAGACCGGUGAACAUGCUCUUCUGGAGAGUCGUUGGUUUUACCUCAAACCUGGAGCUCAGUGUCUGCAGUUCUUCCUCUAUAACACUGGCUCAGCCGAUGAUGUUCUCAAUAUCUGGGUUCGGGAGUACGACAGUAUCAGCUCCAGUGGUGAACUGAAGUUCUUCAAGAGCAUUUCAGGAGGUGUCAUGAACUCCUGGCAGCUGCAUACUGUCAACCUGAAUGUGAAGAAAAAAGCCCAGAAGGCCAGAGUGGUUUUUGAGGCGGUGAGAGGAAAUGGUGCAUCGAAGGGAGGUCUAUCUCUGGAUGACAUCAACCUGUCAACCACACAGUGUCCUCAGCACAUCUGGCAAAUCCGCAACAUCACCAACCUCAUGGCCACAACACCAGUAGGAACCAUACUGUACAGCCCUCGGUUUCUGUCUCCAACAGGUUACUCCUUCCAGGUCGGUGUGUACCUAAAUGGAAGAAACCGUCCAGGCUCCUUGGCCACCUACUUCUACCUCACCUCAGGCCCCAAUGACCACCGCCUCAAAUGGCCAUGUCGCUGGCAUCAAGCAACCAUGGCCCUGAUGGAUCAACAGUCUGAUAUCAGGCAGCACAUGAACAUGCACCUCAUGGUCACCACUGACCCCAACAAGAUGUUCUCUAAUGGCAUUAAGUACUGGGAUGAUCCAAAGAAAGUGGGCUUUAAAGUGACAGAGUCUGAUGGCAGUUACUACUAUCGAGGUCCAGGCUAUGGAACAAAGACCUUCAUCACCCACGGGAGACUGAAGAGCAGGAACUUCAUCAAAGGAGACAAUGCCUUCUUCCUCCUCAGUCUAGAAGGUGUGGAGUCUUUCAGACACUAAAUGUUUAGACGUCACCAAGA